AUCGACACGGGAACCCCUCAACCCUUCUGUUCGCAUGAAAACCUAGUUCUCCUUGUUCUGCUUGGAUAUAAACGUUGCUUGUGUUCCUCUUGCUUUUCUCAGCUUGAUGCCUCUCCCAUCCCAUCGCCCUCGUUCCUUGUUCCUGGGCCUGUUUAUGUGCACACAAUUAUGCGUCUUUUAGAAUGCGUAGGCGAUGAGUUUACUCUAAAAGAUUUCAGGAGUUCCGAUAUCAUCCCUCCUUAUGCGAUACUUUCACAUACCUGGAUACCCAAUGAGGAGGUCACCUUGCAAGAAUUGCAGAACAGUACCAGGAAGAGGAAGAGGACUAUUAAGAGCGGGUUUGAAAAGCUCGAGUUCUGCAGACAGCAAGCAAAAAACGAUGGCCUGCAAUACUACUGGGUGGACACUUGUUGCAUCGACAAGACAGACAAGGCCGAACUCUCAUAUGCGAUCAAUUCCAUGUUCCGCUGGUACCAAGACGCAGCACGAUGCUAUGUUUAUUUGCCAGACGUUUCCAGUCCUCUCCAAAAUUCUAGCGCUGAUUCUAGCUCAACGCCAUGGGAACCUGACUUCCAGAAAAGCAAGUGGUUUACUCGGGGCUGGACACUCCAAGAGCUACUAGCCCCUGACUCAGUUGAGUUUUUCUCCCGUGAAGGCAGGAGAUUAGGCGAUAAAGGAUCGUUGAUGCAUCAAAUACGUAGAAUAACUGGAAUACCCAAAGCAGCGCUACAAGGUGCCCCCCUGACCCAGUUUACGGUCGAUGAACGUUUGUCAUGGAUAGAGACACGUCAGACGACCUUCGAAGAGGAUAGAGCAUACUCGUUGAUAGGAAUAGUCAAUGUCAAUGUUCCUCCAAUCUAUGGCGAAGGGCUCACAAGCGCGUUCAAGCGGCUCAUGGACGAGGUCCGCAAGAGGGAUGGGUGUAUUCACGACCUCCGCGCCACUGAUCCCCGCGACGACAAGAAGCGCAUUGAAGACACUAAGGGUGGCUUAUUGCAAGAUUCGUACCGCUGGGUUUUUGAGAAUAGUGAAUUCAAACAAUGGCGUGACAGCAAGGAGAGCCAGCUACUUUGGAUCAAAGGGGACCCUGGCAAGGGCAAGACAAUGCUUCUUUGUGGCAUCCUUGAUGAUCUGAGGAAUCAGUCGCUGGCUAAGAAAGAUCUUCUAUCGUACUUCUUCUGCCAGGCCACAGAUGCGCGAAUUAACAACGCCACAGCUGUGCUACGGGGAUUGCUGUACCUGCUUGUUGAUCAACAACCUUCGCUUGUUGCGCAUAUUCGGAAGAAACACGACCACGCGGGCAAGGCGCUUUUUGAGGACGCGAACGCUUGGACUGCCAUGUCUGAGAUUUUUGCAAGUGUCUUACAGGACCCAAACUUGGCCAUCAAGUACCUGGCCGUCGAUGCGCUCGAUGAGUGUGUUGUGGGUCUACCGAAACUGUUAGACUUUAUUGUUGAGCAAUCUUCAGCAUCGCCUCGUGUCAAAUGGAUUGUAUCAAGUCGCAAUUGGCCGGACAUUGAGGAGCGACUAGCAAAGGCGGGUGGGCGAGCAAGACUGAGUUUGGAGCUAAAUGCAGACUCCGUCUCUGCUGCCGUCGACAUCUUCAUCCAGCAAAAGGUAGUCCAAUUAGCACGGGACAAGAAAUAUGACAAAAAAACGACACAAGCCGUUCACCAUCAUUUAACGUCGAAUGCAAAAGGGACGUUCCUUUGGGUUGCAUUGGUGUACCAAAACCUUCGAGAUGUUCCGAAACGCCAUGUGAUGAAAAGAUUAAGCGCCUUUCCGCCUGGUCUUGACACACUUUAUGAGCAGAUGAUACAGCAAAUAAACAGCUCGGACGAUGCAGAUGUUUGUAAAGAAAUCUUGGCCCUCGCUGCUACCGUGUAUCGUCCUACUACUCUCGCGGAGCUGGUUGCACUUACCGAACAGCUCGAGGAUGUUGCAGACGAUCAUGAGGCAAUACAAGAGAUCAUUGGCCACUGCGGAUCGUUUCUCACGCUACGAGAGAAUACCGUCUACUUUGUGCAUCAGUCCGCCAAAGACUUUCUGCUGGCACAGGCGCGUGGUCAUAUCUUCCCGUCAGGGCAGGAAGACAUUCACCACGUACUCUUUUCAAAAUCACUAGAAGCCAUGUCCACCACACUAAAAAGAGAUAUGUACAACUUGCGUGCACCCGGAUAUCUCAUCGACCAGGUAGAACCUCCAGAGCCAGAUCCGCUAGCAUCGUCACGCUACUCGUGCAUAUACUGGAUUGAUCACCUUUGUAGCUGGCAGGACAUCUCACCUGCUGCCGAUCGAGCAGCUAUUCAGAUUGGAGGCAGUGUUUACGAGUUUCUGAAACAGAAAUAUCUUUACUGGCUAGAGGCUCUAAGUCUUUGCAAAAGCAUGCCAAAGGGACUAGUGCUGAUGGCAAAACUUGAGAGGUUGAUUUAUAAUCGAACGGACCCCCUCUCUGCCGUGCUUUUAGUAGUUAAAGACGCGCGCCGAUUCAUCAUGACCCACAAAGGGGCAAUAGAGAAUGCACCUCUUCAGACGUAUGUGUCAGCACUCGUAUUCAGCCCGAGUGAAAGUUUGAUCAGGAAAUUAUCUAAACACGAAAAUCCUGGAUGGCUUUCAAUAAAGCCAGCAGUGGCAGAGAACUGGGGACCUUGUUUGCAGACACUCGAGGGACACACCGGCUAUGUCACUUCAGUAGCCGUAUCUCACAAUUUGGUAGCAUCUGGGUCCAACGAUGGCACAAUUAAGAUCUGGGAGGUCAGUAGCGGCGAGUGCCUGCAGACGCUCAAGGGCAACAGCGGUCUUAUCCUCUCAAUAGCCUUCUCUCACGGCUUGAUCGCGUCGGUGUCAGCCGCCGAUAGCACAGUUAAGAUCUGGAAAGCUAGCAGCGGGGAAUGCCUGCAGACGCUCAAGGGCCACAGCGAUGAUGUCUUAUCAGUAGCCUUCUCUGAUAACUUGAUCGCGUCGGGGUCAAAUGAUGGCACCAUCAAGACCUGGGAAGCUACCAGUGGCGAGUGUCUGCGGACAUUAAUUGACCACAACGGACCUGUCCACGCACUAGCCUUCUCUCACAAUUUGAUUGCAUCGAAGUCAGGCUAUAGCAAGAUUAAAAUCUGGGAGACUAACAGUGGCAAAUGCCUACAUACGCUCAGGGACGACUUCACUCCUGUCUCCUCGGUAGCCUUCUCACACUGCUCGACCUAUAUCGCGGCAGGGUCAGAAAAUGGCAUAAUCGUUAUCUGGGAGACAAGCAGUGGCAAGUGCCUACAGAUGCUCAAGGGCCACGACGAUUAUAUCAGCUCAGUAGCCUUCUCACACUGCUCAACCUAUAUAGUGUCGGGGUUAGAAAGUGGCUCAGUUGGGAUCUGGGAGGCAAGAAGUGGCACGUGCAUACAGACGCUCAAGGGCCAUGGCGAUGAUGUCUUAUCAGUAGCCUUCUCCCAGAACUUAGACUAUAUAGCGUCGGGAUCAGCUGAUAGUACGAUCAAGAUCUGGGAAAUCAGAGGCAUCCGCAACGACAGCGUCAGCCACAACAGCAGCAAGUGCUUGCAGACGCUCACGGACCACAGAAGAGUGGUCCUUUCAAUAGCCUUCUCUCACGACUCAGCCUAUAUAGCCUCAGGGUCAGGGUCCGGCGAUUGUACGAUCAAGAUCUGGGAGGUUGGCAGCAGCAGGUGCCUGCAAACGCUUGAGGGCCACAGCUCUUCUGUUGGGUCGAUAGUGUUCUCUCACGACUCAGCCUACAUCGCAUCGGGGUCAGACGAUAACACGGUUAAGGUCUGGAAAUUUAAUAGCAGCAGCAGCGAUUGCGUGCAGACGCUCGAGGGUCAUAUCAACACGAUCUAUUCAUUAGCUUUCUCCCAUGACUCAGCUUAUAUAGCGUCAGGGUCAUCCGAUGGCAGGAUCAAGAUCUGGGAGGUUGGCAACAGCAGCAACGAUUGCGUGCUGACGAUCAAGACCCGCAAAAUUGUUAGCUCACUAGCUUUCUCGCACAACUCGGCCUAUAUAGCGUCGGGGUUAUUUGAUGGCACGAUCAAGAUCUGGGAGGUUGGCAGCAGCAGUGACGAUUGUACGCAGACUCUCAACGGCCAUAGCGGAUGUGUUGAGUCGGUAGCCUUCUCGCACAACUCGGCCUAUUUAGUAUCGGGGUCACUUGAUAAGACAGUCAAGGUCUGGGAUGCUAGCAGCGGCGAGUGCCUGCAGACGCUCGAGAUUGACCAAUAUUUGUAUCCCAUAUCAUUCAACUCUACCGGUGACCGACUUCGCCCCGACAUUGGCGAUCUUGUCAUUGGUAGUUCGACAUCUCCAAGCCGGACAACGGCUAUCACAAAGCUUCAACCUGGUAAGCCCCGGUGCAUCGGACUGAGUCCAGACAAGAAAUGGAUAACAUACAAGUCGGAGAGGAUACUGUGGCUACCCACAGAGUAUCGCCCGUGGAUAUGUGAUGUGUCUGGAAAAGUUAUUGCAAUGGGUACUAGGGAAGGGAGAGUGUGGACAUGUGAGGUUGAUCUUUGACAGGCAGCUUUGUUACUGCGGUGUAGCAGUACAUGGGCAUUGGAUUCUCCAGUCUAGUCUUUCUCUCUUCGUCUUGGAACAUGUUUCAAUCUCAUUUUCAGGAGGAAUUUGGGUUCGGAGACACCUUCCUACGUGAUUGAAGUCGC